AUGGCAGCUUCAUGGCUCAUUCGUUUGGUUUUUCUGACUGUUAAUGUUCUGAUGGCAGUGGUACUGGUGAUAUCCAACUCGGACUUCUGUGCCAGCGUUUUUGAAACUCAAACAGGUAAAUUAACACCUGCGGCUUUAUAAAACGGUUUUCUGAAACGUUUUCUAAGUUGCAAACAAACUACCAUUUUUUUUUCUCAAAGUUUUCUUCAGUAGAGUCUUUUAUUACAUUUUUUUAAAUACCCAUUUUGAUUUGCAGUCUGUCUACUUUGAAUUGAGAUGACGAACUCGGGCAAAAAGCAUUUUAAUAGCAUUUUCUUUUCCCGACUUUCAAUCUGAUGUUAAAAUUACUUACAACUCUUAUCACUUUUUUUACUUCCGACGAUUCGCUCUUGUAUCAUAUCGCAAUUUUGCAAGCGAGUAUAUCUCCUCAUCAUAAAAGAUCAGAAAAUUGUUUAGCUAAAAAAAUGAAUGAAUGUUUGUCCUACCUUCAUGUUAAACUCUACUGUUUUUUGAAUAUUCCUCUGUUUUAUAUUCCUUCAUGUUUCAGACCAUGUUUUAGUUGGUCAUGUCAUGAGUACAUCAACUGUUGCUGACGAGUUUGAAUGUCACCAAAAAUGUCUCAGAAAUAACAGCUGCAAGUCGUUUAAUGUUGAUCCUGGUGCAGAUAUUAAUACAAACCACGUUUGUGAGUUGAACAACGAAACACGGAAGAUGAAGCCGGACGAUUUCAUUAAGAAGAAAGGAUCUUCUUAUUAUGGACAAGUUAAGGUCAGAUCCACUGUUUGAACAUAAACUAUCGCUUUUUUAUAAAACUGUUAUUUAAAAAAACUCUAAACUCUAAACAACUAAUUAGGGACCUUAAGAUCAGACGACGGCGACGGCAACGAGAACGUCAUAAAAGCAAUAGGUUUUUAAAACAAGCAAGUUAUUAAAAUAAGAAAAACAACAAGAAAAAAACAACUUUGCACGUGAAUAACACUUUGAAAAUGCCUAACUUCAUGUUUUAUAGAGGAUGUCAUUAAAACAUUCAAUCAACGACGAAAUUUUCUUUCUCUUUCUUAACUUGGAUAAGGUUCUUAGAAAUUCAACUCCAGGAGAGUUCGUGUACAUUUGA